GCCGGACUAACCGGUUGACUGUUUUUGGAUAAUUUCCAUUUUGUCUACCCGUUAAUCAAACAACUUUAUGGAAAAAUGGCUGCAACAAAUGACAUGGCAAUUUCAGCGAAGGGUGCAGGGUAAGAGGAAGUGGGACUCCUGUGUCAGAGUACUAGAAUGGCCAGUGAAGGCUCUACUAUUCUCAGUCCUGUGGUACGCCAGAUCGACAAGCAGUUCCUGAUCUGCAGCAUAUGUCUGGACCGGUACGAAAACCCCAAAGUUCUACCUUGCCUGCACACCUUCUGUGAGAGGUGCCUGCAGAACUACAUCCCAGCCCACAGCCUCACGCUGUCGUGUCCAGUGUGCCGCCAGACCUCCAUCCUGCCGGAGAAGGGUGUGGCGGCAUUGCAGAGUAACUUCUUCAUUACCAACCUUAUGGACGUGCUGCAACGACCACCAGAAACCUGCAGCCAGGAGGCCGCUGCUCUUGACACCAUCACCUCUGUGGUCACAGGCCAGUUGCUGUCCUGCCCCAACCAUGGAGGCAAUGUUAUGGAGUUUUACUGUCCACCAUGUGAGACGGCAAUGUGCGAGGAGUGUACAAGUGGCGAACACGCGGAGCACCCGACGGUGCCUCUCAAAGACGUGGUGGAGCAACACAAGGCCUCAUUACAAGAGCAGCUAGAUGCUGUCAAGAAAAGGCUGCCAGAGAUCGACUCAGCCCUGCACAUGCUGUCAGAGAUCCUGCAGCAGUUAACCAAUCAGAAGAGCUCUAUCGAGGACAUCAUCCAUGCCACCUUUGAUGAGCUGCAGAAGACCCUCAAUGUCCGCAAGAGUGUCCUGCUCAUGGAGCUGGAAGUCAACUAUGGCCUAAAACAGAAGGUGCUCCAAGCCCAACUGGAUACCCUACUGCAGGGCCAGGAGGGCAUCAACAGCAGCUGUAACUUCACGGAACAAGCCCUAAGCCACGGCACCGAGGCCGAGGUGCUCCUGGUAAAGAAGCAAAUGAGCGAGCGUCUCGGUGAACUGGCCAGCCAAGACCUCCCCCUUCAGCCGGGAGAGAACCACCAGCUGGACUUUCUUUUGGAGACGGAGGGCCUGAAGAAGUCCAUCCACAACCUGGGCACCAUUGUCACCACCAAUGCCGUGGCCUCUGAAACUGUGGCCACCGGCGAAGGGUUACGCCACUGUGUGGUGGGCUUACCCACCUCCAUCACCAUAACCACCAAGGACAAAGAUGGAGAACUGUGCAAGAUGGGCAAUGCUACCAUCACUGCUGAAAUCUCCACACCUGACGGUAGCACAGAUGACGGAGAGAUACUGGAUAAUAAAAAUGGCACUUAUGAGUAUCUGUUCACAGCUUCUAAAGAGGGCAGCUUCACUUUAUCACUGCGUUUGUAUGACCAACACAUUAAAGGGAGCCCUUUUAAGAUCAAGGCUACCAAGUCUUUGGAUGUGUCACCAACUUCGGACUGCAUGAAAAAGAGGCUGAAGUCACCGGGCAGUGGGCACAUCAAGCAGAAGGCCAUCAAGAGGCCAGCCAGUAUGUACAGCACAGGGAAGAGGAAAGAGAACCCCAUCGAGGACGACCUUAUCUUCAGAAUUGGUACAAAAGGAAGAAACAAAGGGGAGUUCACUAAUCUACAGGGAGUGGCUGCUUCUUCCCUGGGCAAGGUGCUGAUAGCAGACAGUAACAACCAGUGUGUCCAGGUUUUCUCCAACGACGGCCAGUUUAAGAGUCGUUUUGGUGUCCGGGGCAGAACUCCAGGUCAGUUGCAGCGGCCGACAGGUGUGGCCGUCCACCCGAGUGGCGACAUCAUGAUUGCUGACUAUGACAACAAGUGGGUCAGCAUCUUCUCAUGUGAAGGCAAAUUUAAGACCAAGAUUGGCUCAGGCAAGCUGAUGGGCCCCAAAGGUGUGUCAGUGGAUAGGAACGGCCACAUCAUCGUGGUUGACAACAAGGCCUGCUGUGUCUUCAUUUUUCAGCCAAACGGCAAGCUGGUCACCAAGUUUGGUAGCCGUGGUAACGGUGACAAGCAGUUUGCAGGUCCUCACUUUGCUGCUGUGAAUAACAACAAUGAGAUCAUUGUCACUGAUUUCCACAAUCACUCUGUCAAGGUAUUCAACACAGAGGGGGAGUUCUUGCUGAAGUUCGGCUCCAAUGGAGAGGGUAAUGGCCAAUUCAAUGCCCCCACGGGAGUGGCCGUGGAUGUCAAUGGCAACAUCAUAGUAGCAGAUUGGGGUAACAGCAGGAUACAGGUGUUCGAUGGCAGUGGUUCCUUCCUGUCCUAUAUCAACACGUCAGCUGAUCCACUCUACGGCCCUCAGGGACUGGCGCUUACCUCUGAUGGCCAUGUUGUGGUCGCUGACUCCGGCAAUCACUGCUUCAAAGUCUACCGCUACCUGCAGUAGUCCCUAUCCCUCAAUGCACAAACUGUACAUUUCUAUACAUACACUGCACAUCAUAUGUUCGGGGGGCACCUUACUUUUUUUUAUUUUCCAAGUAAUGUUUGGUAGAUUGGCCCCUGUUCCUCAGAAAGUCCAAAUGCCUUGAAUUUCUUUUUAACAUGAAAGCCAUUUACUAAUACUCUGUGUAUUAAUGCAACAUGCGGCUUCCUGUUCAUCCAAGUGUCUUCUUUGGUAUGAAGAGUAGAUUUUGCCUAAAUAAGGAUUUGACAGUUCUUUUGUGAAGCGUAUAUUAAAUAAAUACCUGAAGGGUUCAGCCACCUGAAAAGUCAUCACUGACAAGUGCUGACUACUAAGAAAGGUGUAAAAUGGGUAUCAUUAUUCCCAAAGUAGAACUUUUGUCAGUUGUUCCUUCAGUUCUGGUGCUUUUGCAAAGACGGCUGGGAAGCUUUAAACAGGUUUCUGUUGAAAAAUAUCAGUCUGUAGUUGUGUUAAGAGGAGAAGGUCAUUCUUGUUGACAAACGGCUAAGACACUAAAGAUUUCUUUGAACUAGGUUUUCUACUGCCCUCAGAAAAAUGAUGGUCCUGGCUCCCAUACAAAUGGAAAGAGAUGGAAGACCAAAAUGCACCGGUCCUCUUUAGUUUCUUAGCUAUUUGUUGAGAAGAAUGACCUUAACCUCUUAGCAUGACUACAGACUGACAUUUCAGGUGUCAGUCUUUGCAGGUAUUGUUUUUUUCUUACUUAAUUGAAACAUAACAGUGGAAAUCAAACAUUAUUAAGAAAAAAAAAAAA